AAACCUACCGAAACUUAUUACAAAGAAUUAAUGUGGCCAGCAGGCCAUGUUUAAAUAGAACAUGAUUGUGAAAGAUCCUAAUAUUGCAGUAGUUGAUUGAUUAAAUCAUGGUUUUGUCCACAAAGCAGAAAGAAGAAUUAAAUAAAGCUAUAGCUGAUUAUUUACAACAAUGUGGCUAUUCACAAACUCUGGAGAGAUUUCAAGAGGAAGCCAACAUAGACAGUGACAUUGAGAAAAAAUACACAAAUUUAUUAGAAAAAAAAUGGACUUCAGUCAUAAGACUGCAGAGAAAGGUGAUGGAGUUAGAGACCCGCUUAAGUGAGGCAGAAAAAGAGCUGGAAACAGGAGGACCUUCUAAAAAGCAUCGUACUGCAGAAGAUUGGAUACCUCGAGCACCUGAAAAAUACACACUUAGUGGUCAUCGUAGUCCUGUAACUAGAGUUUUAUUUCACCCUGUAUAUAGUAUAAUGUUAACCUCAUCAGAAGAUGCCACAAUAAAGGUUUGGGACUAUGAAACUGGUGAUUACGAAAGAACGUUAAAAGGUCAUACAGAUGCAGUACAAGAUUUAGCAUUUGAUCACCCUGGACGACAUUUAGCAUCAUGUUCGGCUGAUAUGACAAUUAAAAUAUGGGAUUUUCAGACAUAUGAAUGUGUGAAAACUUUACAUGGUCAUGACCAUAAUAUAUCUUCAGUAUCUUUUAUGCCAUCCGGCGAUUACUUAGUGUCAGCCUCUCGUGAUAAAACUGUCAAAAUGUGGGAGGUAGCCACAGGAUAUUGUAUUAAAACAUUUACUGGUCAUCGAGACUGGGUACGAAGUGUUGAAGUUAGCCCUGAUGGUUUGUUAUUAGCUACUGGUUCAAAUGAUCAGACGAUAAGAGUUUGGGUGGUAGCAACAAAAGAGUGUAAAGUUGAGCUGUCUGACCACGACCACGUUAUAGAAGCUGUGGCAUGGUCAAACGAAAAAUGUGUUCAAUAUAUAAACGAAGCAACUGGUAGUGACAAAAAGAAUGCUCUUCCUGGUCCUUUCCUGGCAUCAGGAUCUAGAGAUAAAAGUAUUAAAAUAUGGGACGUUGGUACCGGCGUGUGUCUUUUCACCUUGAUCGGCCAUGACAAUUGGGUCCGGCACGUUCAGUUCCAUCCUGGUGGCAAAUUCCUGAUGAGCUGUUCAGACGAUAAAACAUUACGCACUUGGGACUUGAAGAACCAGAGGUGUACAAAAACAUUAAUGGCACAUGAACAUUUCUGCACUACUUUCGAUUUUCAUAAUUCAUCUCCCGUUGUGAUCACAGGGAGUGUCGAUUUGACAGCCAAAGUGUGGGAUUGUCGCUGAUAAAAGAGUGUCGUUUAUGCUUACGUUGUAUGAGCCAUGCGUUGAUGCUUUAGUGGCUUCCUCCUUUAUUUACACAUUUACCCAUACCACUAUUAUCAAACGAAAAGCGAAACAUACAAAAGAGAACGUGAUAAAAGAAAGACCAGAAUGACUUUGUUAGAAAAAAAAACUAAAUACUUAUGUAAUUUCACCUUUUCAUUCUGUUAAAUGAUUUCAUUUUACUUCUUUUUUUCAAAGAAAUUCACAUGUAGAAGUACCUAGGUAUAAUAAAGUGUUAGUCUCUUUUUGUUGAAAUUUCAGUGUCUUUGGGUAUAUUGCAAUACACAGCAGUUGCGACCUCUUGUAUCUUUGGAUAUCUUCUAGUUUGGACCUGGCUAACUUUGUAGGUUUUAUUAAAAAAAUGAUCGUCAUAACGAAUGCUCAAAAUUUUUCUUUUCUUUUUGAAAUAAUUAUUGGAUGUAGCUUUUCUGGUAAGGGGUGUGUAUGUGUGUCUGUGUGAUUUAAAAUAAUUAUUUAUUUUAAUACAGUUUUUAUUUGUACGUGUAGUGUUUUCUUUUAAGUGUUAGUUUUUUUGCCAGGGAGAUUUCUAGAUAAUGAAAAUAUGUUAGUCGGAAAAAGACAAAUGCUUAGUCAGCAUAUUUUUGUUGUUGUUUACUAUCUAAGUAGCAUUAUAUACCGUGAGCAUGUUACAUGGAGUACUUCACAAAAUAUUUUUUACUUAGUUGAAAAUAAAAAAAGUAUAUCUAGUA